CUUCACCACAUCAUGCGCGGCCGACGGCUACCCCUCGCUUCCUUUCCUACUGCAACCACUUGGGGACGCCACACCUCCCGUGCACGAGCUUCCUGGCCUCCAUGACACCCGUCCUUGGCGGCUGGCGACCGAACGUUCCGCGCCCAGCCCGCCAUCUCGCGUCAUCUUUGCCUUGAAGAGUGGGAUAACCACUCACACUUGAUACGCUUGUCCGUCCUGCCCUUGCUCCUCUUGAAGUCGCGCCUCUUCCUGCUCUAACGCGCCUUCGAGCAUAGUCAGGAAAGCUGUCAGUCGAGGUCUCAGACGUGACCCGUUACAACUCUCCCCGACUUCAGGCUGCCGUCCUCGGCCAGCCUCGCCCUUGUCCUCACUCGUCGCAGUCGCGGGGCACGUCGGACCUUGUCCGUCCGCCUCGUCGACGACCACGGCCACCUCCGGCCCGUUCGGCACCGCCUUCGACGGUGCCACCGUCGACCGACGACGUACGUCACGCAGCUUGUUGAUACUUGCCUUCUCUGCGUGCUCCCCCGCGUCCUUGCGCUCACGCAGAGCGUCCAACCCCAACCUUGCGACCUUCUUCGGCAUGCGCCCGAGGCAGCGUCGUACGAGAUGGCUGUAAAGCCCACACAGCAGCAGCACGCCGCUCACCCUCGUGGUCACCAGCGAGAAUCCACACCAGGCGUUUCAUACGCCGAGCACCACAGCGACCCCCGUAGACCCGUGCAGCAGUCCUUCGAGGACGUCAUACACAAUGCGAGGUGCGUGAACCACGACGGACACACACAGCGCAAUCAGCGCGUAGGCGCCAUAAACGCCAUCACUUACACGGCCAGCCAUAGCCAUGGCCGCUUCGCCGAGCGCACACGCGUAACGCUGCGCGGCCUGUAGCAUCAGUUGUCCUGCAUCCGGCAGGAACAAGAACAUCGUUUGAUGUAUCGCCACACACCAAGCAUGCCACAUUUCCCCGACCAUGCCGAAAAGCUAGUCGUGCUCCCGCAGCACAGCAAUCGGCACCGCCACCAGUAGAGAUAGCGCAGCCCACGCGUAUUCUGACGCUUCCAGCCCUUGGACAUGCGAGUUCCGCAUCGCCGACAUGUACCCGUCGACGCAGGUGAACCCGAAGAAGUAGAGUACGAACCCAGUCUCGCGCACCGAGGCUCCAAGCACCCACAACACGUUCAACUCGGGCGUAAUGACGUGCCACGCGGCAACGCCCAGCGCCGCCCACACCAUCGGAUGCACGCCCUUCUCGAAGUAAUCACGCACGUCCGCGAGUAUCGUGACGGCCAGCGGCCAAUCGGCCAUGAGCUGCUGCCACCGAGUUUCGCAAAAUGCAGGACUGAGGCAACCAACCGUUGCCGCAGUCAACUGCCAUCAGGACCGUUCUUCGGCAAGUUGCCGACACCAUUAUCGCAGUCCACUCCUUUCAGAACGUUCUGCAAGAACGCAGUAGAACCGCUCCGGGCGAGAUCGCAGCCGCUCUUUCGGCGAAUCUCUCAGUUGAGAAUCUGCCACGCGCUACUCACUACUCGCCACUCGCCACGAUGUCCAGGCUUCGCUGCGCAUUCUCGGCGGAGGAGAUUGAAGAAAUCAAGGAGCUCAUCAUUGGGCUCCUGGAUGACUCUCUCGGGACGGACCAGCGCACCAUCAAGACGGCGUUCUGGGAGCGCGUGCGCUGCGUGCUCUCCGUGAACCCGCAGUCCCAGAGACUCGAGCACCUGCAGGCAGUCGUCGACGCCGUGCUCGAGGAGCAGGAAGACCUGAUCCUCGGUGGUCCCAUCUUCGUGCUGCCGCCGCUGCCGUCUGCUCCUCCCUCGACCGCUGCCUCGCGCUCUCCAUCGCCACCGCCCAAGUCCGGCAAGGGCAAGGGCAAGGCGCCCCGCCGCAGCAACAAACGCGCGGCGUCGCCCAGCCCCGCGAGCACGCCGUCAAGCAAAAAGGCUCGCGCCGAGACCGACGACGAGGUCCAGCCCAUUGACAUCGACGAGAUUCUUCGCGUCAGCCAAGCUGCGCCCAAGCCCGUUCGUGACGCCAUCGCUGCCGUGCUGGCCAAGUGCGUCGCCGAGGACAAGAUGCCGUGGCGGAUCGCCUAUCCGUGGUGCGACCGCAGCCUCUGGUACGACCCGGUGAAGUACCCCCAGGUCUACCGCGAGCACUGGCGUUUCUACAUGCUGUUCCGCGCGCUCUUCUGGCACUGGGCGUUCAACGCGACCUUGAUGAUCAAGAAGGACACGGACAACCGCCGCAAAUCGAAGCUCCGAGCGGGCAUCGCGCGCCUCCGCCUCACCACUCUCUGCAUCGAGACUUGGGGCUACUUCGGCUUUACCGGCUGCUCGAGGGCCACGACGACCUGUACUGACCUGACCUCGCUCUACCGCACGGACUCGGAGCGCUUCGAGUUCGUCAUCGACAACGCUCUCAACCCGGCGCUGAUCGACGGCUAUCACAGCCUACUUCACCUGCUCGAGUCCACGCGCGCUCUCGACCCGAAGGCCCCGGCCGAGCACCGGCUCUCCCUCGACGCGCUCGCACGCAUCCGCAUGGACAUCAAGAGCGACGCGCCGAGGAACGCCGACUGGGUGGGAGAUGAGGACGUCGGCCCGUGGCACGCGUUGAUCGACAGUAAGAUUGUCCAAGAAACCGAGGCCAUCCUGGCCCCAGCGAUCAAGGACGGCUCGUACAAGCCUACGUCGAUCACGACGUUCUCGCCCUCCGACAUCAAGACCGACGACUUCUCCGAUUUCGAGGACGAUGAAGGCAAGCCGACCGCGCUCGCCCCUGCUGCUGACGACGAGUAA